AUGAUCGCCGUGAUGAUCGCCGUGAUGAUCGCCGUGAUGAUCGCCGUGAUGAUCGCCGUGAUGAUCGCCGUGAUGAUCGUCGUGAUGAUCGUCGUGAUGAUCGCCGUGAUGAUCGUCGUGAUGAUCGUCGUGAUGAUCGUCGUGAUGAUCGUCGUGAUGAUCGCCGUGAUGAUCGUCGUGAUGAUCGCCGUGAUGAUCGCCGUGAUGAUCGUCGUGAUGAUCGUCGUGAUGAUCGCCGUGAUGAUCGCCGUGAUGAUCGUCGUGAUGAUCGUCGUGAUGAUCGUCGUGAUGAUCGCCGUGAUGAUCGUCGUGAUGAUCGUCGUGAUGAUCGUCGUGAUGAUCGCCGUGAUGAUCGCCGUGAUGAUCGCCGUGAUGAUCGCCGUGAUGAUCGUCGUGAUGAUCGCCGUGAUGAUCGCCGUGAUGAUCGCCGUGAUGAUCGUCGUGAUGAUCGUCGUGAUGAUCGCCGUGAUGAUCGCCGUGAUGAUCGCCGUGAUGAUCGCCGUGAUGAUCGUCGUGAUGAUCGCCGUGAUGAUCGCCGUGAUGAUCGCCGUGAUGAUCGCCGUGAUGAUCGCCGUGAUGAUCGUCGUGAUGAUCGCCGUGAUGAUCGCCGUGAUGAUCGCCGUGAUGAUCGUCGUGAUGAUCGCCGUGAUGAUCGCCGUGAUGAUCGCCGUGAUGAUCGCCGUGAUGAUCGCCGUGAUGAUCGCCGUGAUGAUCGCCGUGAUGAUCGCCGUGAUGAUCGUCGUGAUGAUCGCCGUGAUGAUCGUCGUGAUGAUCGCCGCGAUGAUCGCCGCGAUGAUCGCCGCGAUGAUCGCCGCGAUGAUCGCCGUGAUGAUCGCCGUGAUGAUCGUCGUGAUGAUCGUCGUCGGCGUCGGCGGCGGCGCCCUGUGUCUCUGUGUCUCACCCUGUGUCUCUGUGUCUCCCUGUGUCUCCCUCCCAGUUGAAGACGCAGACUGUGGGGACACAGAGUCCAGCUGGCAUGACCAGCCUCAUGAAUGCGCCGCUAACGGCGACGCUUCCGCCCCGGCCGCCCCCGCCGGGGUCAAGGGUCGAGACGACUCCGCCCCGGCCGCCCCCGCCGGGGUCAAGGGUCGCGACGACGCCGCCCCCGCCGGGGUCAAGGGUCGCGACGACGCCGCCGCCGCCGCCGCCCCCUCCGGGGUCAAGGGUCGCGACGACGCGUCACCGCGGAGCCCCAGCCCCGAGCCAGCGGCUCGCGGGUCACGGGAGGGGCGGCGCCGUUGCCGUGACGACGACGACGACGACAACGACGAGGUCGACGACGACGACGACGAGGAGGAGGAGGAGGAGGCGGCGGUCGCCGCGGCGACGUCGCGACGGGGAGGAGCCGAGGACGACGACGAGGAGGAGGAGGAGGAGGAGGAGGAGGAGGUGGACGAGGAGGCGGCCUUCGGCUGCCACGGCUGCCACCGGGACUUCGACUCGCUGGAGCAGCUGGUGGAGCACCGUGCCAGCGAGUGCCUCGAAGAUGGCGAUGACGACCCCCACCUCUCCUGGGUGGGCUCCUCCCCGUCCAGCAAGGACGUGGCUUCACCCUCCGACCCGGCCGACGGUUGCGACCUCGCCCCCUGCGAGGCCGGCGGCACGGCCGGGGCCGCGGCCUCCUCCGGCGCCGCCGGCCCCGGCGCCGCCGCCGCCGCCGCCGGCACCGCCGGCGCCGGCGGCGGCGGCGACGGCGGCGACGGCGGCGGCGGGCUGCCCUACCCGUGCCAGUUCUGCGACAAGUCGUUCGGCCGCCUCAGCUACCUGAAGCGGCACGAGCAGAGCCACGGCGACAAGCUGCCCUUCCGCUGCCCCUACUGCUGCCGCCUCUUCAAGCACAAGCGGAGCCGCGACCGGCACACGAAGUUGCACACGGGCGACCGCCGCUACCACUGCCCCGAGUGCGACGCGGCGUUCUCGCGCUCCGACCACCUCAAGAUCCACGUGAAGACGCACAGCGCGGCCGCCGCCAAGCCCCACCGCUGCGCCGUCUGCAAGCGGGGCUUCUCCAGCGCCAGCUCGCUGCACGGUCACAUGCAGGUGCACGACAAGACGGUGUCUGGCAAGCCGGACGGCGCCUCCUCGGGCCCGCUCUGCCCGUCUCCCGGCAGCCCGCCGGCGGCGGCGACGGCGGCCACGGCGGUGGCGGCGGCGUCAGCGGCAGGCUCCGGGGGGGCCUCCUCCUCCGGUGGCGCCGGCGGCGCCGCGGGGCCGGCGUCCUCCUCCUCCUCGUCGUCGUCGUCGGCCGCGUCCGGGCGGCCGGGGGGCGGCAGGAGGCCCGGCGCCUCCGAGCGCAAGCCGGAGGCCGGCGCCGACGAGGAGGAGGAUGAAGAGGAGGAGGGUGGGGCGUGCGAGGCGCGCGCGUGCGAGCUCUGCGACGAGGCCUUCCUGCGGGAGGCCGAGCUGCUGGCGCACGUCGCGACGGCGCACGGCGACCGCUGCCCCUCCGCCUCGUCCGCGUCCCCCCCCGACGACCGCCACCGGCAGCGCCACCGGCAGCGCCACCGGCAGCGCCACCUUCAGCAGCAGCAGCAGCAGCAGCAGGAGCAGCAGCUGCAGCUGCAGCUGCAGCUGCAGUGCGUGCACUGCGCGCAGCCGUUCUGCGAGGAGCUGGCGCUGAUGCGCCACCUGGAGGCGAGCCACGGGGGCGAGCGGCCGGGCCGCUGCCCCGUGUGCCCGGAGACGUUCGUCAGCGUGGAGGAGCUCUACAACCACCUCGAGAGCCACCAGCGCGCCGACUCGGCCUGCAGCCGCAGCGACAGCCCCGGCCUGCUGCUGUCGCUGGCGCCGGCGGCGGCGCGGGGGGCGCGGGGGGCCCAGGCGGCGUCGCUCGCCAGCACCACGCCCGACUCGAACGGCUCGGCGGCCGACCGCGCCUCCACCCCCGACUCGUCGUCGUUGGCGCCGCUCUCGCAGCACCACCACCACCACCAGCAGCAGCAGCAGCAGCAGCAGCAGCCUCCGCCGCACAAGCUUCUGGGCGGCAAGAAACUCUUCUCCUUCGGCGGCGGCGGCGGCGGCGGCGGCCGGCGCCUGCUGGCUCCGGCGUCGUCACGCGCCGGCAAGGUGUCCUUCAGCUGCCCCUACUGCCCCAAGCACGAGUUCAGCAGCCUGGCCGUGCUGGAGAUCCACCUGCGCACCAUCCACGCCGACAAGCCCCAGCAGGUGCACACCUGCCAGUACUGCCUGGACGGCUUCCCCUCGCUCUACAACCUGUCGGAGCACGUGCGCCAGUCGCACGACGAGCGCCACCGGCUCGCCGUCGCCGCGGCCGCGGGCGCGGCCGCCGGAGGAGGAGGAGGAGGAGGAGGAGGAGGAGGCCACCAGCAGCAGAUGGACGGCGGACCGCUGGGGCACGGCCUCCACCUGAGCUACCACUGCAACUACUGCCCGGACACGUUCCCCGACAUCAACUCGCUGCAGGAGCACAUCCGCCUGGUGCACUGCUACGCGGGCGGCGGCGUCGGCGGCGUCGUCGGCAUCGCCGGCGGCGUCGGCAGCGGCGGCGGCUCCGGCGGCGGCGGCUCCGGCGGCGGCGGCGGCGGCGGCGGCGGAGGAGGAGGAGGCGGCACCUCCAAGGACAGCAACACCUUCUUCUGCCCGCAGUGCAUGAUGGGAUUCCUCACGGAGGGCUCGCUCAAGGAGCACAUGCGGCAGACGCACUGCGUGCUGGUGGAAGCCGGCGGCGGCGGCGGCGGCGGCGGCGGCGGCUUCGACUCGCCACGCGCGGCGGCGGCGGCGGCGUCGUCGGCGCCGCCGCCCGAGCCGAUCGUGGAGGUCUACUCGUGCCCCUACUGCACCAACUCGCCCAUCUUCAGCAGCCUCCUCAAGCUCACCAAGCACAUCAAGGAGAACCACAAGAACAUCCCGCUGGCGCACUCCCACAACUCGCUCGGCUCCGGCAACGGCGGCAGCAACGGCGGCGGCUCCGGCGGGAGUCACAACAACAACAACAACAACAACGGCCGCAAGAGCAGCCGGGACCUGAGCCCCAUGUCCGUGGAGUCGGAGCUCCCGUCGCCCAAGCGCUUGCGCCGAUCGCAGGCCGCGGCCGCCGCCGCCUCCGCCGCCUCCGCCGCCUCCGCCGCCUCGGACGAGUUCCCGUGCGGCCAGUGCGAGCUGCGGCUGCCCACCGCCGAGCUGUUCCAGGCGCACCAGCGCGCCCACCACCUCGACGCGCUGCUCCUGCGCAAGCAGAGCUGCCCGCAGUGCCGCGAGGAGUUUGCGACGCGCGACUCGCUGCUGCGCCACGUGGCCACGCACUUCGCCGCCGUGGCGGCGCAGUUCGCGUGCGAGAGCUGCGACCGGCGCUUCGCGUGCGUCGACGAGCUGCAGCGGCACCUGCUGGACGCGCACACGGCCGUCUUCUACCGCUGCGCCCUCUGCCGCGAGGCGUUCGAGUCGCGCGUCUCGCUGCAGAUCCACAUGGCGGUGAGGCACGCCGAGGAGCGCAAGGUGCUCCGUUGCACCGCCUGCGGCUGGGACUUCCGGCGCGAGGCGGAGCUGCGGGCGCACGUCCAGCAGAGCCACCUGGGGCAGCCGGGGAGGCCGCACAAGUGCAUCUUCUGCGGCGAGGCGUUCGCCACCGAGGUGGAGCUCCAGUGCCACGUGACGACGCACGGCCGCCGGCACGGCUGCCGCUUCUGCGGCCAGGCGUUCCAGGGCGCGGCCGCGCUCGAGCGCCACCUGCGGGAGAGGCACUGCGUCUUCGAGGCGGCCGACGGCGGCGGCGGCCAGCAGCAGCAGCAGCAGGCGAGCCCCUCCAACGGUCCGGCGUCGUCGUCGCACCAGCAGCAGCAGCAGCAGCAGCAGCAGCAUCAUCACCAGCAGCAGCAGCAGCAGCUGCACGCGGCCAAGCAAGAAGAUGCAUCGACGGCGGCGGCGUCGGAGCUGCCCAGAAUUCUCAGCGGCGGCGGCGGCCAGGAGAUGACGAACAGCCACGACGGGAACGGCGGCGGCGGCGGCGGCGGCGGCUCAGCCUGCACCUCGUCGGCUCCGACGGCUCCCUCGGCGGCGACGCCGACGCCGGCGGCGGCCGAGGAAGACGGCGGCGGCGGCGGCGGCGGCGGCGGCGUGGGCGGCGUCGACGGCUCGGAGCCCAUGUACGCGUGCGACAUCUGCGGGGCCGCCUACACCAUGGAGUCUCUGCUCGCCAACCACCGGCGGCGGGACCACAACAUCCAGCCGGGCGACGCGGGCGCCGGCGCCAAGGGCCAGGAGCUGCUGCUCAUGAAGGGCAGCCACAAGUGCGGGGUCUGCGCCCGCACCUUCUUCUCGGAGGGGGGGCUCCGCGAGCACGCGCAGACCCACCGCGGCGGCCCCGCCAAGCACUACAUGUGCCCCAUCUGCGGCGAGCGCUUCCCGUCGCUGCUCACGCUCACCGAGCACAAGGUGACGCACAGCCGGAGCCUGGCGACGGGCAGCUGCCGCGUGUGCCGCCUGCCCCUGCACAGCGAGGAGGACUUCCUGGAGCACUGCCAGCUGCACCCGGACCUGCGCAACUCCCUGACGGGCUUCCGCUGCGUCGUCUGCAUGCAGACGGUGACGUCGACGCUCGAGCUCAAGAUCCACGGCACCUUCCACAUGCAGAAGGCCUCCUCCUCCUCGUCGUCGGCGGCGGCGGCGGCGGCGGCCGCGGCCGCGGCGGCCGCGGCGGCCGGCGGCGGCGUCUCGUCCUCCGCGCAGGACGACGACGGCGCCGCCGGCUCGCCGGGGCCGGACGGCAACGGCGGCGGCAACGGCGGCGGCGGCGGCCGCGGCUGCUCGCUGGCGUCGCCCUCCUCCUCGUCCGCAUUGUCGCAGCAGCAGCAGCAGCAGCAGCAGCAGCGGCACCACAAGUGCGCCUCCUGCCUCAAGGAGUUCCGCUCGCGCCAGGAGCUGGUGCGCCUCGACAUCGGCGGUCUGCCCUACGCGCUGUGCGCCGGCUGCGUGCUCAGCAAGGCCGGCGGCGGCGGCGGCGGCGGCGGCGCCGGCGGCGGCCGGGGAGAGUCGCCGGGAGGCGGCGGCGGCGGCGGCGGCGGCGGCGGAUCGCCCGACGAGCCGGGCGGCUUGCCGGACGGCGGCGGCGGCGGCUCGCCGGCGCUCAAGCCGCGCUGCCUCCUGUGCGGGGUCAAGUUCGAGACGCUGGAGGAGCUCGAGGUCCACCUGCAGGCCGACCACCGCGACCUGGCGCUGGCUGCGGCGACGACGACGCAGCAGCAGCAGCAGCAGGACAGCGCCGGCGGCUGCCAGAAAAAGUCCUCCCCCAAGCACUUGCAGCAGAGCGGCGGCAGCGGCAGCAGCCUGCCGCGGAAGAAGAGCUACCAGUGCAUCAAGUGCCAGGUGACCUUUGAGAGCGAGCGCGAGAUCCAGGUUCACGUGGCCAACCACAUGAUCGGUCAGUGACACAACCCCCACACACCACACUCACCACACACCACAGCCACCACACA